AGUACUACAAGAUACCUGGGUAUGUACAUGUAUUCAAUAUUUGGAUAGUACCUACCGGUACCUAAGGAAUAUACCGGCUUCCAGUUUUGAAUGCACCAGUGGCAGUGUGAAAUGGAAAGGCCUUGAUUGGUUCGGGAGAAUUUCCUUGGCGGGUCGGAAGCAUGAUUGAAGCAUCUCCAUCUCAGUCGCUCCAUGAUCCAACAAGUCGAGUCUCUCUGAUCACUGCGCCUGCCCUUCCAGCAAACGUCCGGCUAACGUGGUUGUGCAUUCAACAUGGCGGCAGCAUCGAGAACGACCCUGCUCCGGCAGUCUCAGCUCCUCACCUCGUCCUGUCGAGGCUUCUCGUCCACUACCCAGCCACUUCGCAUCCUCCGAACUGCGCCGUCCUUAUCGUCGCGACCCUUGUUGGCAACGAAAUGGUCACCAGUCUCUCGAGUGGCCCCUUUCUCGACGACAGCACAGAAAAAGAUUCUCCCGGCAGGUCCCCAGGUCAUCCAGGGAGGAGUCAACGACCCGGCGCCUGUUCCGAAGCCGGAUCCUCUCCAUGGAAGCUACCACUGGACUUUUGAACGAUUGCUGUCCGUUGGGUUGGUCCCAUUAACGAUUGCCCCUUUUGCUGCUGGGUCGAUUAGUCCAGCGCUGGAUGCAGCACUCAUCUUUUCUAUCAUCGUGCACUCACAUAUGGGCUUCCAGUCAAUUGUCAUCGACUACAUCCCCAUCAAUAAACAUCCGACUGCGAGAAAGGCGUUCAUGUGGCUGUUAAACUUGGCUACCGUCGUUGUUGCGAUCGGAUUUUACGAGUUCGAGACGAACGACGUGGGCGUCACGGAGGCAAUCAAGAGAAUCUGGCAUGCUGGCGCAAACGAUGCAACCAUUGGCAAAACGGAUGUGUCGGCGCUUGGUCACGAUGGAAAACUCAAGCAUCUGAAAUGAUGGCCUCCAUAAGCUGAGGGAUGCCUCGGACAGGGCCGUUGUAUAUGACUGGUUGAGAUAAACAGGAGUUAGCAAAUAAUGUCAGUUAUUGAGCAUUUCG